UAUUCUUGUCAAAUCCCCGUCAGAGCUGUUGCCUAAUGCUUCUGCUGUCUUCCUACUCUUAAGAGGCACUGUGUCUUUAACGGUUUGGUUUUUCCCCAUAAUCUAACAGUUGAAGAAGAUAGCGGACCUAAUUACGUCACGACACCUAGUCUUUUUUCGCAAAGCCUCCGCACUUAACGGCGGUGGUGCGCCUCUCAGACUAGGAGGAAGACGUGUCCGUAAAGGAAGAAACGUUGUGCGGGACAUUAGCCACAAAAUAUAGAAUUCGUCUGCUUCCCCGACAGCAACUGACCCAACGCGGUUUUUCCACGUUUGUCAAGGAAGGCGCAGUAGCGAGUCUCGCACCCUGGACACGUUGGCCAGACUGCACUCCACAAGGCGCGCAUCACUGAGGAUUACAAGACAUAUAUCGAAUCAGCCUGUCUGGAUAGUGGCAAAGAUGUUGCAGGUUUGUAGUUUAUUGGCAAAGGGUCGUUUAUUUUACGAGAUGAAACAAUGAAAAUAGGUUAUAUAAGGCAAAAGACAGAAAGCAGCGGAUAGUGUAUUUGACGUUUCUACCGUUUUGCUGCAUGUGAUAACAGAAUGCAUCAUCAUCAACGCCACCGUUAACAUUAUAGCGUUAUAUCAAUACGAAUGAAUAUACCCAUCGGUAACGUGUGAUCAUUUUUAUAUUCGUUGUUUUCACUGUACCCAUCAGCUGGUAUAUUUCAUAGGAUAUAAGAGAGCUAGCGGUGAAGCUGACAGUUACUGUACGUUAGCGGCAGUACACACUGGAAGCUUAAUAGUUAGCUACCAGCCAACGUUAGCUAGUUAUUACUGGUACCAAUUAACGUGGGCCAUCGUUACUUAGCUCUGGAAAACCGGAUCCUUCGUUUGAUAUGCAUUUAAUUGAGGCGACACCUCUAGCUUGUACAAUUCACUCUACCAUGGCAGUAGAGGGGACAUGGUACUCGUAGCUGGCCAGUUAGCCAGCUUUUAGCUAGCUGACCGCGCCAGACUCUGAAUUGAAUAUCAGUCACAUUUAUCAGUGUAACCAGCUGUCAAAAUCAAGACACUCAGGAGAUCUCAGAUCAUACAUCUGUGGUCCCAUAAUAUGCCAGCUAAAGGUUGUGGGUACAAAGGCAUAGUUACAUUACCUGAGAUAUAUCAUCCCACGUUUUGACAUGGGCAUAUGCCAUAGUCUUUAUAUAGAAACAAAGCAUUAGGCUACUUGAGUGGUUAAGCUGCUUAAAGUUUUUUUUCUCUACGUUAUAAGGUUAGUUAAGUUAGUGGCAGGGCUUUGCUCAAAGAACGCACUGAAUAGUCAGUGAGGUGUUUUUCCCCAUCAUCUGUUUUUUUUUGUACCCGUGCAAGUACUGUAACGAUACGCACAAUGGACACACAUAACGGGGAUGAAAGUAUGGACAGCGCCAUGGCCGUGGAGCCCAUGCCUGGUUAUUUGGACCUCAUCAGUAAAGCAUACACCGUUAUGACCAGUGCCUUGAGGAACUGUGGCGACUGCGGUCUUGAGCUCUCCACAAGGACUCUGCUGGACAAUGCCUACAUUACCUUUACAGAGAUGGGGCUCUUCUUUCUCUGCGCUGUUAUGUGGACGCAGACGCGACGGGGGCUGACCCAUUGCCUAUUCAAGCCGUUUGCACGCUGGUGUUGUCUCCAGCCCAAAGACACUGCCAAGAUGCCGGAGAGCGCGUGGAAGCUGGUCUUCUACACCAUGUCCUGGACCUACAGCACCUAUCUUCUCUUCUUUACCCAGUACACCUUUUUUUACGACCCGCCCUCCGUUUUCUACGACUGGAAGAGUGGCAUGUCGGUGCCCACAGACAUAGCCAUCGCGUACCUGAUCCAGGGCUCCUUCUACGGCCACUCCAUCUACGCCACGGUCUACAUGGACGCCUGGAGGAAGGACUCGGCCGUCAUGGUGGUGCACCACGUCAUCACCCUCGCACUCAUCACCUUCUCCUACGCCUUCCGAUAUCACAACAUUGGUGUGCUGGUGCUCUUCCUGCAUGACAUCAAUGACAUCCAGCUGGAGUUCACCAAGCUCAACGUGUACUUCAAGACACGCGGAGGAGGCUACUACCUGCUCAACGACAUCCUGUCCAACAUGGGCUCCGUCAGCUUCAGCAUCACCUGGUUUUGGUUCCGCCUGUACUGGUUCCCGCUGAAGGCGCUGUAUGCCACCUGCGUGACCAGCCUGGACUCGGUGCCUAACAUCCCCUUCUACUUCUUCUUCAACACCCUGCUAUUCGCCCUGCUCCUCAUGAACAUCUACUGGUUCCUGUUUAUCUUGAUGUUUGUGGCGAAGGUGUUGACUGGUCAGAUGAAGGAAGUGGGGGACCUGAGGGAGUAUGAGGAGGAGGAGGCUUCUCUGCUGGCUGCUAAACUCGCCAAGCAGCGCUCUGAUGCUGGACAUCAGGACAACGGCGAAGGGAAGCAUGUGCAGAACGGCAUCACCAAGGAGAAGCAUCAAUAGAAAACGCCUCUCCAGCACCACCUUGUGGCACAUAGUAGAAUUACAAGUUAGAUGAUUGACAGCGAGUUAUCCUGCUCUCUAUGUCGCUAAUAGGUUGUUUUACGAAACAAAAGAAGAAAAAAAAAGAUGACAACAAAACAUUUAGACAGUGAGAUGUUCUCAGUUACACUAUUCUAUAUUUUUUUCUGUUUGUUUGUUCUUUUCGAUUAUAGCACUGUGAAUGUUUUUUCAGGUGACUUAUGUCUUAUACAUUUACUUUUCAGAGAAAAAAAAACAAAAGUGUAAGUUCUGUGAAGUUCCUCUUGUGUGUAAUGGGUAUUAUACAGACAAAAUGUCUCAUCUCUUUCACCGUACUGAGCCCUCAGUUUCUUAACCUCAGUAUGUGAAGCAGCCCUCAAAUAAAAAAAAAACUAAAACAAAAAAGCAAGGAGGACAUUUAGUAUUCACAGUUAAAAAAAACACACACACUGGUGAAUCAUGCUUCGUCAAGACCCGGAACAUGUUUUCAAAUGGUUUUCCCUUUUUGUUUUAUAGCCAGUGGCUUUUUUUCUCUGUGUGUGUGUAUUGUUUUCUUGUUUAAUUUGAUACUUUUGAUUUUAUUUAAUUCCAGGAGUGACGGCUGUAUAAAGGGAAUCAUUGGUACAUUUGUAUCCUGUCUCAGAAAGAAAAAUGGGACGUCUAGAAGAGAGUGCAUGUUUUAAAACGCGCUGGUUUUCAUUUCCUAAAACGUAAAAAGUAGACAUGCACUGAUAGAAUCCAUAUCAUUGCACAGGUUACUACAGACCAAAAGACUUUUACCCAGCCUGACCUGUUUUUUUUUUCUGACGCGAGCCACAUCUUUGUAGUAUCAGUGUGCUUGAAUGUGUGGGGGGGGAACACAUGAUUUUAAGGGAAUAUGUUUUGUGUUUUUGUUUUUCACUCAUUUUUUUCUGUGUGGAUAAAUAGGGAUUGAUAAAUAAUUGCUUGCAUUCCUGUCUGGGGGGAAAAUGUGGUGCCACAUUUUCAGAUUUUUAGCAUCUGUUGUUGCACUGAUAUGAAAGCAAAGACGCUGACCACUGAUUUUGAUCUGACAUAGCAGGAAUUGAUUUGAAUGGAUUGCGUAAUAUAUAUUCCGAAAAAAAAGAGGAAAUUUG